GUCACUGCUGCUUUGUGUAUGUGCGUGGGCGCAGGCAUAUACUUGUUUCAGGGUGGUUGUGGCUCAUAAACAGAUCUCCCACUGGUCUCUUUUUUCAAGGAUAUAUUAAAGCAGCCCAAACUGCUGACUCGGGACACUGCUCACCAGCAGAGCCCACAGCUCUCAGACAGGCAAUGUCUGGGCAGCACUGUCUGUAACGAGUGGCAAAGGUCUCUGCACUCUCCAGGGCAGUGAGCCCCAUCCAGCCAUGUACCCUGGGCCUGGGACAAGGGGCAGCCUCAAAGCGUGGCAGCCCGAGGGGCUGGGCACAGCUGGGCUGCAGCCUGUGCCAGUCCCACCUGCCUCUGUGGGCAGGGGAAAGAGGGCACUGGGGUGGCAGGGAGCUGAGCUGAUGAUGGCGUGGGGCACGAGGGGACCUGGGGCUGUGGGAGCCCCCACGUGCGUGUUUGUGUGUGUGCACUUGCACUGUUGGGCACCAGCAGGACUCUCCUCAUGCCGUGUAAAUUUUUACUCCAUCUGCUAAUCAGAGCUGAAACUCUGGCACUUCAGCAUCAUCCAUUUGCUCAGGAACACAAAGAGGUCACAGAUCCAUGUCAAAACAUGUUGAAAUACUCUCCCUUUUUGGCAAGGAUUUUCAGGCACCUACAUUGGGAGGCCAGGGAAACAGCAGUCCUCCCUGCAGUAGAAACCACCAGCGUGCACAGCCCUGGCUGGGGUGGGAAAGCAUGGCAGUCACCCUUGCACUGCUCACAGAUUUGGAAGGUUAGUUAUUGUCUACCAGAUGAUGGCUCCAUCCCAGCCUGACUGGCAAAAAAACAGCCUUUCCUUUUAGGCUUCUGUGGACACAGCAUUUUAAUGUUUAUUUGUGUCCAACCAGCCUAGGUAAUAAAGAGGUGAGAGGGCCUGAGGGGAAUUUGCAUAAAUGAUGGAGAGAUCUAAGGGUCUGGAGAAGAAGAUCUGACUCCUGGCUUCCUAUGGAUGAUUGACCUUGAGGGACAGGACACACCAGGGGUGCAGGUUUCUUCCCUCCAGCCUCACUCCCACUUGCUGCUGCAUUCUUCUGCUCUGUAAAUACCACAGGAAUCAAUGCAGCAGCUAAUGUGGCAUUUUGACAUCUGAGGGAGGAUUAUUUCACCAGGAGUUUAUAAACCUGCUUCAUCAAAAGCUCAGAGUCAGCAAGCAGAUGCCACAUUGCAGCCCCUGCCUGUCUCCUGGUGGCAGCCCCAGAGGGACAGGCCCCACGUGCAUGGAAAGCAGUGGGGCUGUUUCAGCACUGGAUGAGCCCAAGCAUGCAGCUGCAUGACCUAGGAUUACAGUUGCUAUGGCGAUAAGACAGUUUGUGAAGGAAGGAGUGAAAGCUCUGCUCUGCCCCCAAGACACAGUAUGGAAGCCAUUGCCAAGUUUGAUUUCACUGCUUCUGGAGAGGACGAGUUGAGCUUCCAGGCUGGGGAUAUGUUGAAGAUUUUGAGCUCCCAGGAAGAGUGGUACAAGGCUGAGCUCAGAAGUCACGAGGGCUACGUUCCUAAGAACUUCAUUGAUUUCCAUGUUCCCCCCUGGUUUGAUGAGAAGAUAUCCCGCCACGAAGCAGAGAACCUCCUCAUGAGCAAAGGAGUCGGCUGCUUCAUCGUCCGAGCCAGUCAGAACUCUCAGGGUGACUUCUCCAUCUCUGUCAGGCAUGAAGAUGAUGUGCAGCACUUCAAAGUGAUGAGGGAUUCCAAGGGUAACUAUUACUUGUGGACAGAGAAAUUCCACUCGCUAAACAAGCUGGUGGACUACUACAAGACAACUUCCAUCUCCAAGCAGAAGCAGAUCUUCCUAAGGGACAACAGCCAAGAAGAAAAGGAGAGGCGUGGUGGGAGCCUGGAACGGAUAGGUCGGGAAGGAUUCCACAUGGGAGGAGCAGCUGGAGAAGAUCAUUCUUCUGUAUCCAAGAGAUAUGUAGAGCAUGCUGUUCCCAUACUGCAGCAGCAACAGGAAAGGUAUGGUGGGAGUCUGGACAGGAGUGACAUGAUGCACAGACUAAGGGAUCAUGGCCAAGGAAGUGCAGGAGCUAUGCAGAGGAGACACACGGACCCUAUGCACCAGCAGGCACCGCGAACGCUGUGGGUCCGUGCCUUGUACAACUUUGAUGCUCUGGAGCACGACGAGCUGGGCUUCCGCACUGGGGACAUCCUGGAGGUUCUGGACAGCUCCAACCCCUCCUGGUGGAAGGGACGCCUGCGUGGGGAGCUGGGGCUCUUCCCUGCCAACUACGUCACACCGGUGCUGCUGUGAGGGCACAGUGCGGCCCAGAGGGCUCUGCUCGAGCUGCUCUUCUGACGUGACAGGGACAGAGAAGGAGUGCAUCUUCCCUUGCCACCAGGACAUACAUUGUUUUUUGUUUUGUCUUAAUUUAUUGGCAAUUGAUCUUUUGAAAUGCUGGUACGAAAGAGAACCCUGUGAGGAAGAAAUUUUUUACCCCUUUUUUUCACAGUCAUGAAAGGGAGGGAGCAAAAAUCUUGGACUGUUCAUUGAGACUUUGCUGGGUGCUCCCUGCCCUGUCACUUCUUUUAACUCUUGAUAAGCUCCUGCAAUUAGGUUUAUUCUGUAGAAAUGCCCCUCAGGAAAGUCAGGCUUCAGGUUAACUUCAGGUUCAGUAUUCAGGUAGCCCUAUCCCUUCAUUUUGGAUCUGGUAGUAGUCAUAGUCUCUUCAGGCUCCAUUCCACCUUUCUGUCAGAGGCAGGAGGGACACCCACAUGAAUUAAAUGAUCCUUGGCCACAACAUUAAACCUUCAGUUAGGGCUUUACGUUGAGGUUGAGACAAUCUAGGCUUUCCUUAAUAGUUUCUGGCUUUCUUCUAGUUUAACUAUUUUCUUAAUAGUUUCUGGCUCACCCAUCUCACGCUGUGUGUAUGGACUGUAUGGAUAUACCAGAUGAAGGGGAGGAACCCUGUAAGCUUUUGUACAAACAUGCAAGUGGUGAAGGUAUGGGAGGGCAAGAAGCUUUCUUUGCUUCUUCUCAUAGGCCUGCUCUUCUUUCUGUACCCCCUAACAACUUACCCAUUUCCCAGCUGCUGUCUUAGGUACCUGCACUUCAGCUAGAUAGCCUGAUUAGAGCAGAUCAGACCCUUCAGCUAAAUUAGUAUCCACUGGAUUGGAUAACAGUGAAUAUCCCUCACUGGUUCCUUUUGUAAAACUGUACUGGGGAGGGAUUGGAGAGUUUUCUCUGCUUUGGUGGCAGAAGUUCUUUCCCUGAGAACUUGCUGUGCUGAGGAUCACCAUGUACACAACUCUGGCUUACCAGAGAAAUGUCUCAUCCAACAGGUUAAGCUGUUUACAGUAUGCAAAGAAUAAAGCUAUAGCCAUAUAAUAGUCUUCUCUAUUCCAUUUUUUUUUAUAAAAUAAGGUAAAUUAAUAGGUUUUCAAAUAACUGCUGAGUGAAUGCCCAGAUGUGAUACAAAUUUAUUGCAAAUGCACAUUACCUGUCCCCUUCACAAACCCUGUGAUGGGGACUCUACUGCAUAACCACUGCUCAGGCAUGUUGAUAUGAAACAAGAUGCCUGAAUUUUUCACCACAUGUGGGACCUCAGCAGUCAGCAAGGAGAAGUGAUGAUUAAUCAUUAUUGAAAAAGAAGGCAUAGGCAAGUGAAAACCUCUAAACACAAAUCAGACUCAGCAACAAAAACAAAAAGUUCUUAUCUUUUGUUAGUCUCAGUGGAAGAAAAAGAACCCAGGAAAUAGGUUCUUGGGGAGGGCCAAUUCAAUGUAGCUGGCCUGAAUAAAGCUGCCAGCUAGACAGAGUGUUAGCACAAAGAAGCCAUUUUGAGAGAACUCCACCAAAAGCUGAUUGUUAAUGGGUGAAGUAAAAUGAGAAUAUUUAACAAGGCAUAUAAGCUCUAUAGAGAAUAGAAAACUUUGAAUGACUCAGUAAGAACUUCCUGGCUACCACAGUGGUCCAGGGAAUACGACUGCCAGGGCUGGAUGUGGCCCUGUUCUCUUGCAGGAGCUCUGCUCUGGCCCUUUAGUGUCUUCUGCUGAAGGGAAGUCCAUGAGGCUUCUUUUGGAUCAAGAUCCCUUACCAUUUGUUUGAGGGUGUAAGCUCAGUGACUCCAGGUGGUAAUAAAUUUGGAAGUAAGGUAGUAAUAAAUUUGGAAGAGAGGGAGUUAAUACUCAGUGAGAGAGAGGGAGAGCAUUAAGACCAAGAGGAGAUGGAACCAAGAAACCAGAGACUAACAAAGGCAAAAGAGGGAUAAAAAUGAUGAAUCUUUCAUAUUCAGCUCUGGCUGAAACAAAAGAAAUGGUGUAUUCACAAUUAUUCCCAUCAUGUCAAAUCAUCUUUCAAUUAAUUCCCUUUUUUCUGUAUUAGUUACUUUUAAAAUUAGAAGCAAUGUCUCUUUUUCCUUUCCUCAGCACUCUAAAGACCCUCUUGGUAGUGAAGAUGUAGUUGCACAAAAUUAAUUGAAGAUAACGCACUUAGCAGUUUGAUAGCUCUUCAUGCAUUUGAAACCCCUUUGCAAAGAUUAACUAAUUAAGCAAGUCUAAGUAGUGCAUUGCAAGUACCCCUGUGUUAACUCAUGACUCAUUUGAGGAAGAGGUAAAUUUUCAUGUGAUUUUUUUGAACUGAUGUUUAAGGAACUAAUACCUAAGGUAAUUAGUAUUAAAGGACUGCACACUAAUUAUGGACAGCAUAGCAGAACCACAGUAAAAUCAGGAUUUCUCAUUAUGAGCAGCACCUAAUGACAGCAAAAUUACCAGGAGGUGACAGCCUCACAACAUCUGUGAUAGCUCCACCAGUGCCUUGCUCUGCUGCCCUGUGCAGGGGCCGAGCUCAGGGCUGCCUUGCCCAGCCCCUCUUGUCUCUGCUUUUGGCCUUGCAGUGCUGCCUGCAGGUACUGCACGUGGCAGGGGCUGGGAGGCUCAGCCUGCAUUUUUGUACCCUCCCACAGUAAAAGUCAUUUUUCUCCCAGCAGAAGAGCAGUGCUAAGGAUUGUGGCUGUUCCCAAGUCAGUGGAGACUCCAGAUACAAGGGCAAAGUGGGGAAUUUUGGGAGGAUAGAAGGGGCUGUGGGAUGGAGACGUUUUCUAUGUCCCAUGCCAUUUUGUGCCCAUGAAAUUCUCUCUCUCACAGAUCAGGCCACUUCAUAAGGAGAGACACUCCUCUCCUCUAACCACAUACCCUGCCAACCUUCCUGCACUUUCUUCCAACAGGUUUUAAUUGUAGCACAAUCCUUAUUAAUUCCGUGGUGAUUCAUUCACACCUCAGAGUCUAUUGCCCAUGCAAGAGGCACAUAUUAGCAACCUGGGACUGGAGCCUUAAGGUGACAGUGCUGCACUGACCUUACCUGACAUUUGCCAGUGUUUUGGAAAGAACCAAACCUUUGUCUGGAACAUGUCCCAAGAGAGUCCACUGUGAAACCAAAAUGGGAAGGGAUAAAAAGGAAAACCAGAAGAGUAUUUUCUUUGUUAUUUUUCUUAAGCAAGAAAGACAGUUCAUGAGAGAAGAGAAUGUAAACUGAGAUAAAAGUAGGAAAAGUAUGUGGGAAGGCAAACAUAGCAAAUGAAACAGAGGAGGCUGGACUUGUACAUGGUAAAAUAAGUUUGAUGAGCACAGCUGAGCUGUGUCUUCUCCUGUCUGAAUUAACUUUUUGCCUAUGUUCUGCUGCAAAUCCAUAUUUUGCUUGGAAAUGUCUCUGUGAUUAAUAAGGCUGAGCUAAAAAGAGUAAAUGGAAAUUUCUUUUGGUGUGAAAGAUGUGCAGGCAGUUUUCUGUGCCACAAAAGAGAGGUCUCUCUGCCUUGGUGUACAUGUUUGCUGUAGCAGCUGUGCUCCCUGGAGAAACCACAGGAUCAGGGCUGGUUCCCAUUGGACUACUCACAGGUAGGAGCACCAGGGAGAUGAUCCACCAAGUCAGCACCUGUUCAGGCUGCUGUGCCAGCCUCUUGUGCCACGAAAACAAGUUCAUGGGUGGUGGUUGUUGUUUUUUAAAUGGAGGUUUCCGUGGGCUGUGCAGGAAAUUUGAAGCUUUUCACAACAGCCACCUGUUACUGAUUUUUUCCUAUUUAGCAGCACCUCUCAUCCUUCCUCCCCAACAGGAUCCCAAUGCUGCAGGCUCUAGAAAGGCCCUUUUGCCUUCAGCCCAUGUGGAGAGUAACCAAGGAUGUCACAAGCAAAAGAUCCAGCAGCCAGGACUGCAUGGCUUGAGCAGCCUCAAACAGCAAUGUGCCAUCAGCUGGGACAUUUUGCUCUGCAGGGGCAAUGGCACAGCAGGUGUAGUCCAGCAGUGAGGGGAAGGGUGACCUCUACCCCAGCUGGGAGCAGCAAGUCUUUAGUAAUGUCAAUGUCACAUCAUAGAGACAGCAAGGAUGUCUGGUGGGACAGAACUGUGGCCAUCUGGACUAGGGCUGUGCUCAGACUCUUGUUGUGCAGCUCUUUGCCCUGGAGCCUGGGUUACACCACGCUGGUGUGAGAAGUGUUUGGCAGUGCUGCCCAUCCCUGCCCAGCGCAGCCCCAGCAGUCUCUGCGCACCUCCUUGCAGCUGCAGCACAUCACCUUGCUGCCCCUCUUGGGCCCAGGGCCCAGCUUGUGCCUCUGUGCUGAGAGAAAGUGCUCUGCAGACAUCUCAUUUCAAAUAUUUGUUCAAAGCAAUUGGCUCAGGUGCUUUUAGAUGAUACCCCAUGGAGGUCAGUCAAAACCAUUAGUGUUCCCUAGGUGAUCCAGGCAGUUACAUUUACUGGCUAAAACACAGGCAUGAGCUAAAGAGCUUCUGACACCCAGCCUGUCCUUGCUGCUGAAAACUUUGCAUUUCAGCGGGGAACCAUGAACUGAGUGAAUGAUAAAGCCUUUAACAGCCCUGAAGAAGAGGGCAGAGCAUUGCCAAUUUCUCCAAUUUUUUAGAGGCAACUUUCAUGUGACAGAAUUCAUGAGCCUUAAUUCGCAUCAAAUGCAAAAGAAGUUUCUUACAUAAGCAGAACUGCCAGCAGAAAACAGCCAAUGACUUAUCUGUGAGCUCCAGGGUAGCAGGGAAACAGGCAAGUGGAUGAGGAAGGGUCACUGACCUUUGCGUGCAGAGAAAAUUCAAAGCACAUUGUCUGCUGCCAUUGUGCAAGUGAGAGGUGCUUGGCCCAUGUCCAGCCUGCCAACAUGAAAAUGCAAAAUUUCACAAAUGGCAGGCGUGCAGGAAUCCUUGUAGACGUGCAGAAAUAAAAUUAGCCAAGCAACAAAGGGAGGAAGAAGAAACAAACAAAUUAAAAGAUCCCUAGGUCUCUUGCGGCUUCUCCCCGCUCAUCGAAGUAGGCUCAUUUCCGCCAGGAUUUGUGAAAGAUACAGCCAUGGAGAGUGUCACAAACAAAAACGAGUAAAAAUGGGGAAGAAAAAGCAGUUUAGGAUGUGCAUCUACUACUGUUCACUUAAAGCUAUAAAAUGAUGACAGUGUCCUGAUACAAUGACUGAAGUUUGAGUGUUUAAGUGGUGCUUCUGAAACCUUUCAGUGCUGUGAUUCAUGCACAUCUAUGAAUUCUGUGGUUCUGAAAAGGAAAAUAAAA